AUGAAAAAUGUAACCGAUUCUUUCCUUUCCUUGGGUUAUUGGCCAUCCGCCGGAAGUUUCGGGUUUAAUACUGAUAUUUUUGCAACCAAUCUAAUAAAUCUAAGCGUAGUGCUUGGUGUGUUGAUUUUUUUUGGAAGGGGGGUGUUAAGUGAUUUAUUAGAUAAUCGAAAACAGAGGAUCUUGAAGACUAUUCAAAAUUCAGAAGAAUUACGCGAGGGGGCCCUAAACCAGUUAGAAAAAGCCCGGGCCCGCUUACGGAAAGUAGAAAUAGAAGCGAAUCAGUUUCGAAUGACUGGAUACUCUGAAAUAGAGCGAGAAAAAUUAAAUUUGAUUAAUGCAACUUCUAAGACUUUGGAACAGUUAGAAAAUUACAAAAAUGAAACCAUUCAUUUUGAACAACAAAGAGCAAUUAAUCAAGUUCGACAACGGGUUUUUCAACAAGCCUUACAGGGGGCUUUAGGAACUCUCAAUAGUUGUUUGAACAACGAAUUACAUUUACGUACCAUCAGUACUAAUAUUGGCAUGUUUGGAACGGUGAAAGAAAUAACGGAUUAG